AUCUCAUCUCUUCAUUGUUUUAAGAUGCGAUUUCAUUGUUUGUAUGUAUAGCAAACCAUAAUACAUAGUGUAAAGUGAAGAACAAAGUGACGCUGCAAGUCUAACUUGCGUAGUGAAUAGUUUUAGUUAAGGAAAUUUUAUAAUUAAUCUAACAAAUAACAAUUAAAAUGCGACUUCCACACACGACAACAGCACAAGUAUUUGCUUGGAGGCACCGCCGAUUACUGUUUGGCGGGCUUAGCAAUGCGAGUUUAUGUAUAGUAUUGUUGUUCCUAGAACUACACGCCUUGUGCAACAUUGAAGCCGCGCCGCAUCCAAUGCCUGCCAACGUUGACAACGACAACGACUUCCGUCGAAAUUAUGCCGUCGAAUAUGGUGCACCAUUAAUUACACCUCUAAUGGAAUAUGUAACGCUCGAGUUGAAUACCAAUUAUACGAUACGUUGUGAGGCCAGUGAACCAUUGGUCUGGAAAGUUGCACCAAAUUCGCCAGCGCACGAAGUAAAACUAUUUGCUACUGGCGAUCCGCAACGGCCAUAUGGCAGUAUGUUGUAUCUGCUAGAUAUUUCAUAUGUAAAUGUGGGUAAUUACUACUGUAUAAAAGAGUCGAGCGUUAAUAAAAAUUUAGACGAAAUGUUGGAUGAAGAGCUAGUAGAGUUAGUGAAUAAUAAUAAGGCGUCCUCCAUUUAUGUAUAUGUUAAUGAUCCUGUAAAUCUGUUAGCGCAAACUGACUUCCCAGUUAUAACCGCCUAUCAGUAUCAGGAUACUGUGAUACCAUGCAAGCCAACUAUGCCGAAUCUAGAAGUGCUCCUAACUACGUCGCAUGGUGAAACAUUUUCCAGUGAGAAUACCGGCCGCUAUGAUCCACAACGCGGUUUCGUCGUCGAAAUACGUGGCAUCACCGAUAGCGGCAGCUAUGUGUGCCGCCCCAAAGUGCCGUCUCUAGAUAAUGAAGAGGAGGAACAAACCUUUGAUAUCCAUUUUGUUGGUAACGAACCUAUUAAUCAUGUGGAUGUGGAUGUUGGUGUUGGUGUUAAUGUUGAUCAUCUUAAUCCCGGUGAUGGCAAUGUUGUUGAUGAUAUUAAAAAAGUGAUUGGCCUUGGAUAUGAUAAUAGAAAUAACAUAGCUGAUGUUGUUGGUGUUACUAAUGGUGACGGUUACGGCACGACACAUACGACCACUCCUUCUACAAUUUCUUACCAUAAAACAAAUAUCGUAGCUACAGACCGUUUCCCAGACGCCGGAAAUGAUAGUUUUCAAUUUGUGAAUACCCGUCAAAUUGCUACUACGACUGCUGAUCGGCCCAGCACACAUUUGCGCGCCACAAAUCGUCCAUUAUUGAAACGCGUUGCGCCAACGACCAGAUGGCAUAGUUCACGUUUUCGUGGUGCGUCGCGAUCAAGUACGAAAUAUAUCGAAAAACCGAUUAUAACCUCUAAUUCUCGUGGACACGUGAAUGUUGGUGCGAACUUCACUUUGAAUUGUUACGUGAAAAUCGCCUUCGAUGUUGCCUACACAACUCAAUGGAAAACGCCAGACGGUGUUGAAGAGCAUCGCAUGAUCAAAACUACGCCCAGAUUUAUUAAUUCAACGUCUACACAUCAACUCGGAUUAGCAAUGCUGACGAUAUUAAAUGCACAGAAGUCGGAUUCUGGACUCUAUGAAUGCAUUUGCACUGAUCAUUCUAAUAAUGUUGGACGCAACAAUUAUCAGAUGACUGUUCUAAAUCGCGACGAGGGCUACAUAAACAUUAGCGAACCUUUAGGCUAUUCCAAAAUAACCAGUGCUGCCAAUAAAAAAGUUCAGAUUAACGUAAAAUAUCGUGGCUAUCCAUUCCCAACACUUACUUGGUACAAACCUGACAAAACUCAAAUUCAUCCUUCCAAAAAGUAUAUGAUCAACACUACAGACGCUUCAAUUACGCUACAAAUUUUGGACGCACAACUCGAAGACAGCGGAGAGUAUAUAAUACGAGCUAAGAAUGAAUUGCUGGUAAAGGAGUUGCAAUUCAAUGUGAGCAUCAUCGAUAGGCCCAAGGUAUCAGUCGAAGAUGUGUACGUACAGGCUGGCGAAGAGGCGCAUCUGCGAUGUAGAGUGUUGUCCUAUCCAACGGCUAUAGUGUCAUGGCUAUUUACACCGUGCAGUAUAUCGCCACGUUGGCCAUCAUGCGAUAAGCGUUUAGAGCAAAAUUUUAAUUCCACACGUAAUGCCCAACCAGGAGAAUUGGCUGUUGAAUAUAUACACGAGUUGUAUUUUACACCCGUAAAACCAGGAAUUAUUCAUUGCUUGGCAGGAAACCCGAAAGGUAUGGGUGAAGGUAAGGGUCACGUACUUAUCGGCGACAUAAAUGAUAAUAUGACAGUAUAUGGCAUUGAUGAGAAUAAGAAGAUAGCGCGUGGUGAUGAGGUGACGCUCACUUGUGCGGCAUUGUCUUACUACUACUCAGACGAUUUAGAUUGGUACAAGGAAGGCGAACUGGUGGAGGCGAACAAUAAUUUUGAGAUCACUAACUCUACUACAAGCUACUCCUAUCAAAGAUCAUUGAAAAUCAACAACAUUCAGGAACGCGAUCAGGGUAGUUAUGAGUGUCGUGCACGAAAUGCAAACAAUUAUGACCAACAAGAAAGCAAAUACAUCAGCCUUUUUGUGUAUGAACCAUUGGCUCCCAGAAUGGUGCACACCAAUUUGGAUGGAAAUCAGAAAUUGGAUCGCAAACUUGGAGACUUCUUAGAAUUGGAAUGCACACCCGAAGCUAUACCAGCGGCAGAAGUGCAUUGGUACAAAGACGACGUAGAAUUAAAUAACAGUAGCAAUGUGGCCAUUGAAAAAGAUGGCAGCAAGCUGAUCAUUCAAUAUAUAAAACCUGAAGACGAAGGUGUAUAUAAAUGCGUGGCUGUAAAUCGUUUGGGUUCCGUCGAAUCGAGUUCGGCUGUUAAAAUUACAAAUUUACCACGCAUGCGCACCGGUUGGAUAAUUGGUCUACUCUUCUUCUUCAUCUUACUCAUUGCAUUGGUUAUUUAUCUAUGUGUGCGUGUUAUGCGCGAGCGUAAAAGGCUGCGUGAUUACAAAGCUGCCGGUUUGGCUAAUUUCGAAGAAGGCGCUGUAGAGCAUAUAAAUCCAGCCUUGACAUUGGACGAGCAAGCAGAUCUAUUACCGUACGAUCGUGCUUUUGAAUUUCCGCGUGAAAAACUUAAAUUGGGCAAGCAAUUGGGUGCUGGCGCUUUUGGUGUGGUUCUGAAGGCGCAUGCAGAAGGCAUCCGACCAGACGAAAAGGAAACUGUAGUGGCGGUAAAAAUGGUGAAACGGAUUGCUGACAAUGAGGUGAUGCGUGCAUUGGUGACGGAAUUGAAAAUUAUGGUACAUCUGGGUCCAAAUUUGAAUGUGGUUAAUCUUUUGGGUGCAGUCACACAGAAUAUCGCGAAACGUGAAUUGAUGGUUAUUGUGGAGUAUUGCCGUUAUGGCAAUGUACAAAACUUCUUACUGCGAAACCGCAAGCGUUUCAUAAAUCAAAUCAACGCCGAAACUGAUAAAAUUGAUCCGACCAUUACAAAGCAACGUUUCUCCGAUAACUUCGAAUUAAGUCGUGAUGGCAUAAAAUAUGUUAAUUUGUCAUUUUCAAAUCAUCAAUAUGUAAAUCACAUGAAUAACGUGAACAAUAAUUAUACGGCGAACAAUCGUAGAAACUCUGAUAAUGAUCCACGUUCCGGCACACGCGCUGGGCGUCCCAAUUCCACUGGUUAUUUGCGCCAAUCGGAUUUGUAUGAGGGGAAUGUGGAUAGUUGUGCCACGGAACAAACCGUAAUGACAACAAUACCCGAGGAUGAGGACCAUAUUCUAUCCAAUAAUUCUGUGCAGCCUGCAUGGCGUUCCAACUACAAACCAGACAGCACAGAAGCCAUGACCAUUACCACAACCGAUUUGGUUAGUUGGUCCUUCCAAGUGGCCCGCGGUAUGGAUUAUCUAUCGUCACGUAAAGUGUUGCACGGCGAUUUGGCUGCCCGUAACAUUCUACUUUGUGAGAAUAAUGUGGUAAAAAUAUGCGAUUUUGGCUUAGCUCGCUCGAUGUAUAAAAGUGAGAACUAUAAGAAGCAAGGUGAAGCGCCAUUGCCCAUUAAGUGGCUGGCAUUAGAAUCGCUUAGUGAUCAUGUAUUUAGCACCUACACUGAUGUCUGGUCGUUUGGUAUUGUUUUGUGGGAAUUCUUCUCAUUGGCCAAAGUUCCUUACCCCGGUAUGGAUCCGAAUCAAAGUUUAUAUUUGAAGUUGAAAGAUGGCUACCGCAUGGAAAAGCCGCCAUUUGCCAAUAAUGAAUUGUAUGAUAUAAUGUUGGAGUGCUGGAGUACCAAUCCGGAGAGUCGUCCAUUAUUUAAUGUGCUUGAAAGGUAUUUCGCACGCAUGCUAGGCGAUGAUGUGACAAAUCAUUAUGUCGAUUUGAAUGAUACUUAUUUACGCGCCAAUAACGAUAAUGUGAAUCGAAAUCCAACCGAUUAUCUGUCGUUAAUGGGCUCACCUGAUGAAAUGGCACCAGCGCCACCACGCUACGUAAACGGCCACAUACUACCGGAAAUACGUAUUCAGCCAUCUUCAUCUGAUGACUACUUAAAUAUGAGCAUCGAAACUGGCACAACCAUUUUCUCACCGACACGUCCUAAAGAUCACGACAAUUCAAGUGAUGAUCCAAAUACAACAACAACAACUUCUUUCACCUUCCCAGAUAAUAUAGCACCAACACCAUCGCCACCAUCAUCACAACAUUCCCCAACGUUGGUGAAUAAUCUCGAUAGUCCAGUAAAUAAGAAUCGCAAGAAAGAUGUCAUACAACCAGAAGAGAUACCUAUGUUGCCAGGUGCGCGUCAUAACUCAGAUAGUGAGGAGAGUCCAGAGCAGGGGCGAAAAUUUGCCAAAAACAUAUUACAACAGCAGAUACGUGCCACGCCUACACCUUCACCGCGUCAUCACAUCGCCGAAACGGAACUAACCGGCAGCGAUAAUUAUGUGAAUGUUAAAUCACCAAAAAAGGUAACGAACAAUAAUGGCGCGAGAGCAGCGGAAGCAUUUUCAAAUCCGAGUUAUCAAAUAUUAAAGACUGUUUCAAAGAAUGUGGAUGAUAAGUGAGGGCAAGAGGAAGGAUGUUACAUAUAGAAUUUGAAGUUAAGUAAUUAAAAAAGAAAAUUAUUUGCCUAGUUUAUUAAGUGCUUGUUGCUAGUGUUAUUGACGCAUAAUCGUAGUUAAAAUAAUUUCAACUUUAAAGUUAACAGCAACGUUUUUAACUGUUUAAUAAUAUAUAUUAUAUGUAAAUGUCAAUCAGUUCGCGCCACUGGCACAUAAUGUACUUUUAUAGACAAAAUUAAUUUGAUUUUAAAUCAUCGACUGUUGCAAACAAAAAAACGCGUUUACUUCUUUUUAAACUACUAUCUAAAAAAAUGAACAAAACCCAAAUUAAAGCUUAUAAUAAAUAUAAAAAGAAGGAGAAGAAGAAGGAGAAGAAAAUUUUAAAACAUAUGUUUCUGUUGCCUUAAAUGUGCACAAAAAGUGUUGCCAAUGCCUUCACUUGAAACGCAAAAAAUUACUACCAGCAAACUCAUGCAACUUUGGGAUACGAAUUGAAAAUUCUACACUUUUUUUAUUUUAAGAAAUAUGUAUUUUAAAAAUCGUACAAUCAAUCAGUUAAAAAAUAAGUAGUCUACUAGUAAGAAUGCAUUAAUAUGUGAAAUUUACACACACAUCUACUGACUUGCAUAUAUGUAAAUGUAUUUAUGUAAUCAAAAGAAAGAAAAGUAUAUAUUUUUAAUACUGUCUACUUACAUCGGAGUUAAAAACCUGGGGGCCUUUUUCUUACUAACCUCUAGCAUUACUGUCACUUUAUCAAGCCGAUGAACACAUUUUUGUUAAAGCCUCGGGUCGAUAUAUUUUAAGGUUAAUUCAUGUGUGCAUUAAAAUUUGUACUUGGGUUUAAAGUGAAGUGAUAUCAGUUAUGACGAUAUAAAUAAAAAUAAAAAAAAAACAGCUAGUGCUUUUGCACGCCGAAAUUACAAGCCUUGAAAGUAGUUGAACAAAAUAAUGCAUGAAAAAAUUCCUUGUCAUAGUUUCGGUACUAGCAAAUUUACUUUUAUUAGAUAUUUAAAGUAACGAGAAGUGUUAAAUUGCACUUUAAAGUUUGAAAUAUUUUAUUGGUUCGGCUAGUAAAAUUUACUCUCAACCAAUAAAUAUGAGAAAAUGGUCUAUCAGUGUUUACAACUAAGUCAAUGUUGAGUAUUUAUCAAAGAAAAAAUCUGCUUCCUUUAUUAUUGUUAGAAUAGCUAUUUGUAAAAUAAAUUAGGCUAAACUAUUUAGUGAAUAAUUUACUUGUAUAUAUGUACGACUACUUUUACUCAAACUGUAUGUUUUAUACUCAAAAACAAAAGAAACGAAUGUCAACUUAUUAAAAGUGCUAUAUAUAAAUGUAGUUUUAUUGCGAUAUAAUUAAACUUUUUAAAUGCAAAUGCCUUA